UUCACAUUGUCAAGCAAAAACUGUAGCAAAAUUAUCAUUUAAAUGUAAAUUUCCCUAAAUGCAUUUACAUUUACGGGUGGGAAACUUGGGAUUGCAUUUUCAUUGUCAAAAAGCGCGAUGGAUGUAGCAAAAUUCUACACGGAUUUAAAAAUGCAUUCCGAGCCAAAAGCAUUGACAUUCCAAUAUACUUUUUCGACACCAUCAAAAUGCAUUAUCAGAAAUGGACUGGCAUUUGAAUAAUUGCUCAUUCAAACUGGGUAGCAAAAUGGUGAUUUAAAUGUAUUUAGUUUGAAAUGCAUUGACACUCACAGUCAAGACGUCGAAACAUUACAUUUCCAUGAAACCCCCGCGAUGGCUGCAGCAAAAUUCAAUGUGGAUUUGAAAAUGCAUUUCGGCCGACCACGCCCCCGCCGGUCAAUCGUCGCGUAGGGGAGGGGCUUGCGUUGCCUUUCUCAAUGUAUUUCAAUAUUAGGCGCCAAACAUAGAAAGAAGCAUGGAGAAGUCUGUGCCACAGCUGCUCCGAGAAGCUGCCCAAGCGUUAGAGAGGCAAAGUGGGAAUUCAGAAAAGCCGUCAUCAAGCCAGAACACGACUCCUCCAGAUCGAAGUGGUGGGCCACGAGCUGAAGUGUUAAGAUUAUUUGCACCAUAUUCUUCACGGAGCCGAGUGGCAAGACGUCCUAGUAUUGCCGGACCAUCAGCGAAGAAACCAAAAAGUGUUUCCUACACCCAUCGUUUUUUUUGCUUAUCCAAAAGAAAGGAGUUUGAGGUGCCAACUCCCUCAGUGAAAAACAAAUUGGAGAAGGCAGGUCUGGGAGAAAGGCGGAUAACAUUUCCAGACAAAUACUGCACUCCACAGGAAUUUUCAGAGCAUCUUAUACAACAUUUUCAUUGCUUGAAAGAGUGUGGCGGUUUUCAGCUGUUACGAUCCAAAGGGACAACGCGUUCGAAAACGUUAGAAACCAUUCCUUGUCCAGAUGGUGGUUAUUCCCCCGAAUACCUUCUCAGUGAGUCUGUAAUGAUUGGACAGGCUCUUAUCUACAUCAGGCCUCUCCAGAAAGAUAUAGAUCUGCAGGUUCUUGAGGAUGAACAGCCAACAUGUUCUGGACCACUGACAGAAUGCUUGUACUGCUCUGAGAUGUAUAGCCUGUCAGAAAUUCAAGAUCAUAUUGAUGUUUGUGAGAAGCUGUGUGAGUCAGCCAAAGUGAGAACUGAUGAAACAGGCAGUACAAGACAACAAGAAAAGGCAGCAACCCUGUCAGAAGACAAUGUUGAAAGGGAGGAAAGUGCCUCAACAUCUAUUGUCUCAGCCAGUACCAGCCCAUCAGCAAAGCCUGCCACUGAAGAAUGGAAGACAGAGCCUGACCUGGAAACAGCUGCCCAGAUGUUUCGAAGACAGAUCCUAAAAAAUGCAGAGUACAAACCAGACCUAGUUGUUACACUAGAUCUGCACUCCUGUGAAGAGGAUCGUGAGCGAGAUAUGUUAGCUUUCUAUAAACGUCCAAAUGUUGAUUGGUCUAGUCCAUUUACUGUAAAACUUAAAGGAGAUGCAGCAUUAGGGGAUGGAGUAACACGGCACUUUUUCACAUUGGUAAUGGAGAAACUCCACAAUGGAUUUGAGCUUAACAUUGAUAGUUGUGGUAAAACACUGUUCUUCAAUGGAGUUGAUGAUCACAAGGUUCCUUCUACAUCUAGAGCACUUUUGGAUGGUGACCUAUUCAGAGUCGUGGGAAGAAUGAUUGGACAUUCAUUUAUUAAUGGAGGUCCACUGUAUUCUGGAAUUAGUCCCGUCUUUUUCCCCCUUUUAAGUAACAAGAAGGAUGAAACUCCAAUUCUGGAGUUGAAGGACUGUCCUGAUACAGAUGUGAUGGAAGUUGUAUCUCUUCUGGAAAGUCAGAAUCAAUUAAAUCAAAAUGAAAUGGACAGCAUCAACAACUUGGCCAUCGGCUGGGAUCUGCCAACAGUCAGAAAAACCAACAAAAGGUGGUUGGCAGAAACCAUUCUACACCAUGGGGUUGUUGGUCGGCGUGAAAAACAGAUUUCACAGAUGCGGAGAGGACUCAAAGAGACUGGUGUAUUGAGAAUGAUUAAAGAACGACCCGAUUUAAUUGGAGUACUGUUUCCUCGAUCUUCUGCGCUAGUGCUGGAACCAGAGAUGAUACUUAGGAGAAUUAUCUGGCCAGAACCUGACAGUGACCAAGAUGAAGCCCAUUUCAACUUGGAACAAUCCUGUGAUGUUACAGCCUUCUUACGUGAAUAUAUUCAAACAGGAUCACCUGCAGAACUUUGUGAGCUGGUUAAGUUCUGGACAGGCUGGGCUGUUCUCCCUCAACACCUGUACGUUGAAGUAUCGCCUGACCUCUCAUUUCCAGUCGCUUCAACCUGCCUCACAACAUUAAAACUUCCUUUAAAAUGCAAAACCUUCCUUGGAUUUACCCAAGCUAUGAGAGCAGCCGUUUCAUCCACAAAGUUUGGCUUUGGACUGGUCUGAGUUGUUAUAUUUAACG